AUUAAUUUGUUUUUAAAAAAAAGAAAAUUAAAUAAUAAAGAGCAGCUGCUAAAAUAACAGAAGGAUGAACGGGACAGAAGGAAUCAAUUUUUAUGUGCCGCUCUCCAACAAAACAGGGCUGGUGCGGAGUCCCUUUGAGUACCCACAGUAUUACCUAGCUGAACCCUGGAAGUACCGAAUCGUGUGCUGCUACAUCUUCUUCCUCAUCUUCACCGGGCUCCCCAUCAACCUCCUGACGCUCCUUGUCACUUUUAAGCAUAAGAAGCUGCGGCAGCCGCUCAACUACAUCCUGGUCAACCUGGCGGUGGCUGAUCUCUUUAUGGCUUGCUUUGGCUUCACCGUCACCUUCUACACGGCCUGGAACGGCUACUUUAUCUUCGGGCCCACGGGCUGUGCUGUGGAAGGCUUCUUUGCCACGCUGGGAGGUCAGGUUGCCUUGUGGUCGCUGGUCGUCCUGGCGAUAGAGCGUUAUAUCGUGGUUUGUAAGCCCAUGGGCAACUUCCGCUUCUCUGCCACCCAUGCCUUGAUGGGCAUCAGUUUUACCUGGGUCAUGGCCUUUUCCUGUGCUGCUCCACCCCUGUUUGGCUGGUCCAGAUACAUUCCCGAGGGCAUGCAGUGCUCCUGCGGUCCUGACUAUUACACCCUCAACCCCGACUACCACAACGAAUCCUACGUGGUCUACAUGUUCAUGGGCCACUUCGUCAUCCCGGUGGUGAUCAUCUUCUUCUCCUACGGGCAGCUCAUCUGCAAAGUCCGAGAGGCCGCGGCCCAGCAGCAGGAGUCGGCGAGCACCCAGAAGGCGGAGAGGGAGGUGACCCGCAUGGUGAUCCUAAUGGUUCUGGGCUUCCUCUUGGCCUGGACGCCCUACGCCGUGGUGGCGUUCUGGAUCUUCACCAACAAGGGGGCGGACUUCUCCGCUACUCUCAUGUCAGUGCCUGCCUUCUUCUCCAAGAGCUCCUCUCUCUACAACCCCAUCAUCUACGUCCUCAUGAACAAGCAGUUCCGUAACUGCAUGAUCACCACCAUCUGCUGUGGCAAGAACCCCUUUGGGGAUGACGACGUCUCCUCGACCGUAUCCCAGAGCAAGACCGAGGUAUCCUCCGUCUCCUCCAGUCAAGUGUCACCAGCAUAGACCACGAACAGUUGGAACUUGGGGGACCUGCCAUGCUCCGGGAUCAAGUAGAAACGGACCCACCCACGUACCCUCUGGUCUCGUCUCAUGCGAUUACUCCCUAGUACACCAUCAUCACAUUUCACACCUGCUCAGGUGUGCACAGGAGAGCCCUCCCCUGUGAAAAUAGUGGGGUCAGUACCGAAGGUGGCCCCUCCUUGCAAAUAGCUGUGCACACUUGUGCAUAUGCAGGCUCACUGGUGCAUAUGCAGACCGCUUGUGCAGGCAGCUGCCCGUGCAAAUAUCAAAUCACGAAUUUGGAGCCCUCACACACAAACCCUUGCAUGCCCUGCUGCACACACUCGUGCAAAGACAAUACCAACUUGUGCAGACACCUUGGCGCUCACUUGUUCACCACCUCCUGCCCCCUUGUGCACAUAGAUUUAAGGAAAUAAAGUGCGAUUUAGGUGGCAGGGGCUGAAGAGUUUUGGUAAGAGAGUGAACCCAAAAGCUACCCCCUUGAGCCAUACUGCCCAUGGGUCACACAUGGGGUGACCGAGUCCCAGUGGUAACAUACAACAGAGGGGAAGUUGUCCAGCACCUAGUGCUUGAUGGGUGCUUUUAGAACCAGAACAAACCACCAGCAGCAUUACUCUUAGCUCGGCUUCAAUGCUGCUGUUGCUCCAGUUCUAAAAUAAUGCCCCAUUGGCUGAGGCAUCACUAUGCCCAUUGCAGAGAUGGCAAGGUGAAGUGAUGUGAUCAAGGCCACAGAAGGGGUCAGUGGCAGAGCUGGGAUUAAAGUCAGGAGAUCCUGGCUCCCAUUCUCAGCCCACUAGAGCAGACCAUGACCAUUCAGCGGGAGCAGCUCUGGCUACCGCGCUCUCUUACAGUCAUGCUAGCAUGGGAAACGAGCUAGCAGAGAUGCGACAGCUCUCAAUGGUCAGAGAUUUGCAGGAGGUUUUGGUGCAUUUAUUCUCAGGCACCACUGCAAAUGAUUCAGCGCAAGAGGGGAAGUCCAGCUCAGCAUUCAUGCAGCUCCUGGAAGACAGCCUGGUCAGAAGAGUGUGGAGAGAGCAAACCGUGGGUUAGCUUUAACCCCCCCGCCUAAUGCAUUCGUGCAUGUGUGUGAACUGAGUAUCUGUAGAGAUCCGAGUAGGUGUGAGCAUAUACCAUCAUUGACCAUAUGUACCCAUUUACGAGUGCACGCAUACACUAGUGCAAGCACGUGCACGCAUGCAGCUGCGAACGUGUGCGUGUGAGCGGAUGCAGGAUUGGAGGACAUCUGCCCGUAGUAUUCUCCCCUGAGCUCAUGGUUGCUGGCAUUAUGCUCCCUCCUUGGUCAGAAGCUGCAGUGGAACGCAGCAGUUCCCUAGCAUGUUUCUGAGGCCUGUCAUUCCCUCUGGGUUCCUUACUAUCGUCCCCUCCUCUCACUCACAGAGUGGCCGGGAGGGACGUUACCCUAUUUCUUGGCCUGGCGCAGCCCAAGCGCUUGCAUGGGCCUGGAGAGAUUGCAUGAGGGGUAGCACGCCUCCCCUCUGCACCUUUUCCCAGCAAAGCAAAUGCAAUGCAGCGGGGCAGAGCACGACAUCCACUGGGUUGAAGCCAGACCCACGCUCAAGUCGAGCAGGAUUUUUCUCAGUGCUGCAGGCUAAAGUACUGGGAAAGCCUCGCCCAGCUGUAGAUGUAGUCUGCUCUCUCCACAAGCGUGACGACAUGGGGGGGACAAGUCCCAGGCCCAUUCCGAUCAGCGGGGAUUUUGCUGUGCAGUGGCAUCAGGAUUUAGCUUUAGACACCAGCGUUUUCCGUUGUGUUACAAUCACUGAACAGCCCUUGGUGGCGCAGCUUUUAACCUCCCACCCCGCUUACUUACCUUUCGUGGCUCUUUCAAGGAAUCCCAUUCUAAUAAGCCAUCCUGACAACCGAAUCCUAUUAGAAGCUGUAAGUACUUGUGCAUCCCACCAGCUGCAUCCAUUCCAGGCAGGCAGAGAAAUCCAGCCCAGGACUUCCUAUUUACUCCAAAUACAUUAAGCUAUCUGCUUCCAUUGCUUUAAUACUAGGACAGUCCUGGGAAAAGCACUGACUGGAUUUUUUCCUCACCUGGAAUGGACUCCUCAUUUGAGUGGCAUUUACUCUAGAUCACAGGGGUCUGUCAGAGGCGCCGUUCCAUAACUCUACAGAGCAUGGAGUGCCAAAUCCAUGGCUGGAGCUGUCUCCGCGACCCCUUGCCAACACAAGUAAAAGUCGGAGCUCUGCACAGCCACAGCUGUGGCGGAUGCACAGCCCGUGAAAAAUCAAUAUAUUUAGUCCUUAUAAAUCAAUAUAACACAUAGAGCCUGAGGGGGCUUUGCUUCACCCCUCUCUCCUCGAGAUGACACUGGAGAUAUAUUUUUUGUCUCGGAACCUGUAAAUAUUUGCUCAUGUACUUGGAAAUUGUUCUGUUUUCUGACCCUCCCCUCGCCCUCGAACACAGGCAUCACUCUUUCACCCACACUCCUGGCCGUGGAGCACGGCCCAACGCUAGAGGCCGGGAUGGCUCUCGCAGUGCUUUCCUGUACAUAUUUUAUACAUACCUCAACGUAUCGGCGUGAGGACUUCGUAAAGUUGAACCGUAGGGAUUAAAAACCAACCCACAAUAAACACCAGCAGCACAAA